UCUCCGCCGCCACCUCCGGCUCCUGCGCCCCGGCAGGGGAGGACGGGUCCCGGGCUCCGCGUGAGGAGGAACUUUCUACCCCCUCCUCCCACCUCCCGAGGGUUUGGCGUUGUUGUCAGCCUCCGGGAGAGAGAUUGGACAUAUUCCCUAAGAGGAGGGCGACGCCAGGGACUUGGCGCAGCCCCUGCUUUUGGGGUCUGUCCUCAAGUUGGAAGAGGGACCCUCAUCGUCGAGCGUUGCGUGUAUCGUCUUUAUUACUGGUUGCUGUCCCAGGGUGUCUCCCAGUUGUCCUUCCUCGUGAGCUGCCAUGGCCAGUGAAGACGAUCGUGUCCCUUCCCCGCCACCAACAGGUGAUGACGGGGGAGGUGGAGGGAAAGAAGAGCCCCCCACGGAAGGGGGUGCGUUAUCUCUGAAGCCCUGGCUCCCCAUCAGGGGCAUCAGGAUGAAGUUUGCCGUGUUGACCGGGUUGGUUGAAGUUGGAGAAGUGUCCAAUAGGGACAUUGUAGAAACUGUCUUUAACCUGCUGGUAGGAGGGCAGUUUGAUUUGGAGAUGAAUUUCAUUAUCCAAGAAGGUGAGAGUAUCACGUGCAUGGUGGAUUUACUGGAAAAAUGUGAUGUCACUUGCCAAGCAGAAGUCUGGAGCAUGUUUACUGCCAUUCUGAAGAAGAGCAUACGAAAUCUUCAAGUGUGCACGGAAGUGGGCCUUGUUGAAAAAGUUCUUGGGAAGAUUGAAAAUGUUGACAGCAUGAUUGCAGAUCUUUUAGUUGACAUGUUGGGAGUGCUGGCUGGCUAUAACUUGACAGUUCGAGAACUAAAGCUUUUCUUCAGUAAACUUCAAGGAAAUAAAGGACAAUGGCCUCCACAUGCUGGGAAGCUGCUGUCUGUGUUAAAGCAUAUGCCUCAGAAGUAUGGGCCUGAUGCCUUUUUCAACUUCCCAGGGAAGAGUGCUGCAGCUAUUGCAUUACCUCCCAUAGCCAAGUGGCCAUACCAGAAUGGUUUUACUUUUCACACCUGGCUGAGGCUGGAUCCUGUAAAUAACAUCAAUGUAGAUAAGGAUAAACCCUAUUUGUAUUGUUUCAGAACCAGCAAAGGUCUUGGUUAUUCUGCUCAUUUUGUUGGAGGCUGUUUGAUUAUAACAUCAAUAAAAUCAAAAGGAAAAGGGUUUCAACAUUGUGUGAAAUUUGAUUUCAAGCCACAGAAGUGGUACAUGGUAACUAUAGUUCACAUUUAUAACCGAUGGAAGAACAGUGAGCUUCGAUGCUACGUGAAUGGCGAGCUCGCCUCCUAUGGAGAGAUCACAUGGUUUGUCAAUACCAGUGAUACCUUUGACAAAUGUUUCCUGGGCUCUUCGGAAACAGCAGAUGCUAACAGAGUAUUCUGUGGCCAGAUGACCUCGGUUUACCUUUUCAGUGAUGCUCUUAAUGCAGCUCAGAUUUUUGCUAUUUACCAGUUGGGUCUGGGAUACAAGGGUACGUUUAAGUUCAAAGCAGAAAGUGACCUUUUUCUAGCUGAGCAUCACAAACUUUUAUUGUACGAUGGGAAACUCUCUAGUGCCAUUGCCUUCACAUAUAACCCACGGGCUACAGAUGCUCAGCUGUGCCUUGAGUCAUCUCCUAAGGACAACCCUUCAAUUUUUGUUCAUUCGCCACAUGCACUUAUGCUCCAGGAUGUGAAGGCAAUUUUAACUCAUUCCAUCCAGAGCGCCAUGCAUUCAAUUGGAGGUGUACAAGUGCUGUUUCCCCUUUUUGCACAGUUGGAUUAUAGGCAAUAUUUAUCUGAUGAGGUUGACUUGACUAUCUGUACAACCUUGCUGGCGUUCAUCAUGGAGUUGUUGAAGAACUCAAUUGCUAUGCAGGAGCAGAUGCUUGCCUGCAAGGGUUUCUUAGUAAUUGGAUAUAGUCUUGAGAAGUCUUCCAAAUCCCAUGUCAGCAGAGCAGUACUUGAACUUUGUCUCGCAUUUUCCAAAUAUCUGAGCAAUCUGCAGAAUGGGAUGCCCCUACUCAAGCAAUUGUGUGAUCACAUUCUUCUUAACCCUGCCAUAUGGAUUCAUACCCCAGCAAAGGUUCAGUUGAUGCUGUAUACUUACCUGUCCACUGAAUUCAUUGGUACAGUCAACAUAUACAACACUAUAAGGAGAGUAGGAACAGUGCUUCUCAUCAUGCACACGCUGAAGUACUACUACUGGGCAGUGAAUCCUCAGGACCGAAGUGGUAUCACCCCCAAGGGAUUAGAUGGACCACGACCCAGUCAAAAAGAAAUACUUUCUCUACGAGCAUUCUUACUGAUGUUCAUUAAGCAAUUAGUGAUGAAGGUGAGUUUAUAUUUCUUACCCUAUGGUGUGCUGCAUAUUGGAGAUGAUAAUUUCACAUAAAAUACCAUUUUUUUAAUUUAUGGUAUUGGGAUUGAACUUGAGAUAUUGCACUUGCCAACCAAACCCUUUUACUGCUUGAGCCACAUCUCUGUGGCUUUGUUUGAAUUUUGAGAUAAGGUCUCACUGAGUUUUCCCUGGUUAGCCUUGAACUCAA